CCUUACCGUUGGACGAGGCUGCUCGCCUAAAGGCGGUGCUUAUUGACGGGAGGCUCUUACCCUUCGUGAUUCUCACUGGUGUGCUUCUGAUACACGUCUGUAUCAAAUCCACUCGCCGUCCUCAGCGAAACAACUUUCUGCUAAUUUGAUUCCUUCAUUACGGCCACCGUAGGGCUACGCCGGGCGUUUUAUGGAUGUUUUCCUGAGGUUUUCAAAACAUCUUCUCGUUGCAAUGGUUUCAAGAGCGGAUCUUCAGUUUUAAACCUGACUCGUGAAUUGGACAGUGUAGUGCUUGUAGUGUAGUCUUGAUGGAUCUAUAUUAAAUUUGGGAUUUCCUAAACCAAACACUCGCGAAUUACAAUUGCAAAACAUUCAAACCUUCCAGUGAGUUUGGAUCUGUUUCAAUGAAACUUUCACUGACAGUUUGAUACAAAGAUGAUAGAAGCUUAGUUGCAAAUUCCAGUGGAAUGUUUGCGUGAUUUAUUCCUAACGUUUAAGAGACAUUUACGCAAGGACCUUCGACCAUGACGGACGUGAAUUUAAACUGCACAGACAUCACGUCCGAAGCAAUCUCCCAAGCCCUGUGUAAUGUUUCGGAGACCUUAAUUCAUACACUGUCCCAGUCGUACGAUGACGGUUUUACAACUACUUCACCCGGCAACGAUACCAACGGGACACUGUUUCGUCGACGUCCCAUGGCCAAGCCACUUGAGAUGAACAUUCAAAUCCCGCUGUAUGUGAUAUUGUUUCUCCUGUCGGUGGUUGGUAAUAUCCUGGUUAUUGUGACGCUCAUACAGAAUAAGAAAAUGAGAACAAUCACGAACGUGUACCUAUUAAACCUAUCUAUUAGCGACUUGCUACUAGCUGUGUUCUGCAUGCCUUUUACCCUCAUCCCCAUGGUGCUCAAAAACUUUGUGUUCGGAGAAACAAUGUGUAUUACCAUCCGUUAUCUACAAGGUGUGUCAGUCGGAGUGAGUUGUUUCACCUUGGUGGCUAUUUCAAUGGAGCGCUAUUUCGCCAUCUGUAGACCCCUGCACUCACGGUCCUGGCAAACCCUGUCCCACGCGUAUAAAGCACUGGCGGUGUGCUGGCUGCUUUCCUUUGUUAUGAUGAUUCCAAUAGCCGUGUUCCAGAAGAUCAUUCACUAUCCGAGAGUCAACGUCAGCAUCUGUGACGAGGUAUGGGGCGAUGUGAACUUGGAAAAAGCGUACACCAUCAUUCUCAAUUUGAUACUUCUUAUUCUCCCAAUUUUCAUCAUGAGUGUUGCCUACGGGAUGAUCUCCUAUACACUGUGGCUGGGGAUUAAGAUGGAAGAGCAAUCGGAUAGAAAUAAAAAUAAGAAGGACAAAAACGGUUGCCUUUCGAACAGCGACCACUCAAGGGGAAACGGAGCUGGUUACCUGGAUCCUGACUACACAACAGCAACGUCAGCCAGCAACACCAAGAGAACCUUCAGAAAGUUUGAAUUUAACCGUGCAAUGAGGCAGUCAAAUAGUGAGAAAAGUCGCGCCGCCAAGAAAAGAGUUAUUAAAAUGUUGUUUGCAGUUGUGCUGGAAUUCUUCCUGUUUUGGACGCCUACUUAUGUCGUGGCAACGUGGAUUGUGUUCGAUAAAGACAGUGCGCGGGCGCACAUCUCCCCCCUGACGAAAUCUUUAAUUCAUUUAGUGUCAUAUGUGUCGGCGUGUUCAAACCCAAUCACAUACUGUUUCCUAAACAAGAACUUCCGACAAGGGUUUCUGUCAGCGUUCCGGUGUUUGCGGAGACGUUACGUCUACGCUAGGCAGAAUGAGUUGUCCUUCUCCGGAAAUACUGCCACCACUAGAACAGGGGCAACGAACAUGGGAACGUAUGACAAGAUACACGAAUCGGAUGAUAUAUCUGAAAAGAGCUUUUGAAGGAUUCAGUAGCAACUGGAAGAACAUGCAUUCGCUGGUUCAUAUGUUAGAUAUAUAUGAAGGCCAUUGGAGACCUUUGACGCUUAAUAUUUAUAAUUAUGCAGAAUUAUUCAGGUUGUAUACGAAAUGUUUCAAAAGGUAUAGUUUUUAAUGAAAUUAUUUUUACCUAACAAGCAACCGGUGACAGAAGAUAGAGCAUGUCUUAUAUGAACCGAAUAUGCUAUGGAUGAUGUGUACAAAAAUGGAAUAAUGAUGUAUGCAUAAGGUAAAAGUAACGUGGGUCAUCUGCCUUCGUCCCGUACACACAACAAGCAACUCGUCAGACUAGUCCACAGUAGCUUCAUGGGGUUUGGGAGUUAUGCAGAACAUCACCCAGUCGAAUGUUCAAACUGUUAUUAUGAAGAAAAACAAAUAACCGGAUAUUUUACUUUCAUUUAACAUACUGUCAGGCAAAUGCGACACAUUCUACUUGAUUAAACCUAUUUUUUAAGGCACCUGGAUUCCACCAAGAUAGUUAUCCCUUUGUUCUUUAAAAAACGAAUUACCAAAUAGAUCAUAUUUCCGCGAGGUACUUUAGCCCUUGAUUUGCCCGUUAUAGUUACAGGUAACCGGAAUAAACAAUCUCAUUAAAAUGAGUUAUUCUACUCCGAAACAAUGCCUCUCUGAGCGAAAACCUGAGAGCACCUCCAUGGAAGUUCGCGUCAGCAUUCAGACAAACAUAUCUCAUUUCUGUAUCUCGAAACCGGAUAUACUCGGGGAAUUCCCAAUGCAAAAACAUAAAUCCGCGUUGUAGUAUUGUUGUAGAUAUGUUAGUCGUUUCUGAGCGCCAUGCCAUCUACAACCAAAAGUGUGUACAAUGAAGGUGUCCUCAGAUCUUUAGGUACCAUAUCGGAGUAUGCAGGUAUAGAUAAACUUUAGGUAUCUUUCGUUGCAAGAUAUGAUAGUGACUCUGUUUUUAACUACAAUUCGUUACAGAAACGAAUAAUGAAUUUGAUUAUUUAGUGAUUUAUUUUAUGUUUUUGAAGUGUUGUGAACGCAUGUGUUGUCAAAAAGGUUAUUGUAAGGUAUUGUAAUAUAUCCUAUACAUAUUAUAAAGAUAAAGAUGAAUUACACUUAUAUACAGUGACACUCAUUUAGUCCGAAACGUCAAUAUACAUCUACGUAUUCAGAAAGACAUUGCUUGGUACCCACAAGCCGAUAAUCCAGAAAGGACAUCAUAUGCUACGUGCCCUUUUGGGACCAAAAUAUGUACAUACUUUUUUUCUAACGAAUUCAGAAAUCAGAAAUGAGUUCAUUUGAAUGACAAUUAGAUUUUAUUCAUUGCAACGUAUCUUAUGUAUAGGUAACACUACAGAGUCAAAUAGAGGUUUUCAGAAAGCUAUUUUUUACAUAUUUGAACAUGGGCAAGUCUCUUAAUUGGCUUAUAAUUAGGUUUACCCUCGAACAUGUAAGCUAUUUUCAUGCCAGUAAUUGUUGGUUGGUUGGUCAAAAAGGGUCUUUGUCGUAACUCUGUUUUACGAAGACGGAGUCAUCUGGAUGAAGGGGGUGUCACUGUAGAUACACAUGAAGAAAUGUGAACCUUUACUGGUCUGCAAGUGUUUGUAAAUCACGAAAAAGGUUAAACAGUUAUCAUAAUAUGACAUUUACAAACCUAAACAUACAAUAACUAAAAUAUAUGUCUAAACAAACAUUAAUUUACGAAGAUAUUUGUCCAUAUUUACAAACAUAUACGUAAUGUUUUGUCUCAAUUUACAAUGCUGUACAUUUUGUAAAAGUUAUAUUUUCUUCUGGUAAUAAUGAGAAAACUUAUAUCAGAAUUGAAUAAUAAUAAGAUUUUCAAGAGAAGUCAUAUGAACCCCUAUGCCGUUGUUCAGGAUUGUGUUUAUAUGAGUGUAUCACCCGUAUUGAUAUUAAUGUUGACAGCACGUGCCUUGAGCCUCAUUCCAUGUGUUCCUAUUAUUAUUGUAAUUUGUUUACAUGUUUAUUAUGAGAAUGUGCUACAAGUUAAAGGAACAGUGGUUUUCAUGUUGCUAUACGUAUUCUUACAGAAACUAAUACAACAAAGUCAUUUCUUGCUUGAACAUUCAUGUACACAGAAAUAAGGUCUAGUUUGGUAAAGCUGUAAAUAGACCUUUCAAGGAAACAUGCAUUAUGGAAAUACUAGUAGUUACUUGUGGCGAGGUCAUUAUCCGGAAACAAAUACCGGAGGAUCCGACCUUUAAGGUGGUCUGGCCGGACCGAGGCCGCAUUUAGUGUGUUAAUACUGAUUCUGUCAUUAAGCAGUUCGUAAUUAGAAAGACCGGCGGACCGUGUAUUGCCACUCGCAGGUUGUCUUCUGGCCGAUGAAGUCAAUAUUGAUCACGUGACAGGUCAAUUGUGCUAAUGUGACGAGUCAAUAUUCAAGGUUUGACCAAACCUUUCCGUUUCAGUUUAUAUUACCAAUUAGAUCAGCAGUGGCAUGUGUUGUUUCGUCACGUGAAAUUCCAAGAUCUUAGUGGAGGUAUUUUGUUUACCGUAUGAAAAUGGCAAUGUAUAUAUGUUCCUGCACAGAACGAGUCACAAACCUAACGUUGAAACUUCCUCUACAAUGUACACAGCAGUGUCUUAGGUGUAAACUGCACUCUUUUUUUAGCACAAGCAUAUAUUCAUAUACUGUCUAAGAAUCUCAUUUAUCAGUUGGUACUUUCAAAUAUUCUCUUGGCGCUUUGCAGAUAUAUCAUUACAAUUAUAAUUAUGAUAUAGCCGAAACCAAACUAUACAUUUGUACUUACUGCCAACGAUAUAACACGCAUAGGUGAGACUGCCAACUCCAUUUUUGGUAUACGGGUUUCGUGGUUUAGAGGGUAUUUGGGAUUCAACAGUCUGGUACCCGAGACGAAAGUAGAAUAUUAUUUCGUACGCAGAUUCAACAUUUCAUAAAAAGUGGUGUACGGUAAAUAAAAGUCCUUAAUGUAUUAUAUAUUUUUGUUUUUAUUUUAUCAGUAUUUGAACUGCAAAUCGCCCCCUUUUAUGACCUACAUAUGACCUUUUUGAUCAAAAGUCUGCCUCUGUAGAGUGCAAUUCCGACAAAUGCUUUUGAGAUUUGAGUUAAGUUGUAUUCAUGACUCAGGAUUGAGCAAAUGAGAUUCAGAGAGAAUAGAGGAUAUUCAGCAUUUAGUUGAGGCACCUUAUAUGAACUGGCUAGAACAACCAGUUACUUGUAGUUUCAUGAUCAUUUACGUCACCUAUGCCAUUAGAGCCAUGAGUGAGUGAGUAUGGCUUUACGCCGCUUUUAGCAAUAUUCCAGCAAUAUCACGGCGGGGGACACCAGAAAUGGGCUUCACACAUUGUACCCAGGUCGGGAAUCGAACCCGGGUCUUCGGCGUAAGGAGCGAACGCUUUAACCACUAGGCUACCCGACCGCCCCAUUAGAGCCAUGACAAACAAUACGUCUAUUCAUAGUUUUCUCUAUCAUCAUACCUCUUGAUAUAUACAGUGAUAAUAUACAGUGAAACUUUGUUAUUACCUUGUUCUGGGGAACAUCAAAUAAAUGUCGAAUAAUCCGUAGUUGCAGUUAAGAAUUAUCCAAUGUAAGACCAAAAUGCCGAUAAUGAUUAUGCCGGGAACAUAAAAUGAUAUCAUCUUUAACAAUAAAUCGUAUUUGAGUUCGUUUAACAAGGUUUCGCUGUAGACAGGGCUAGUGUAUUUUUUCAAACUUUUACCCUUCAGUAUUAGUAUCUCCAAAUUGGUUUUGUUGAUAUUCACUCCGAAGUUAGUUGCAAUUUUAUCUGUUAUGAUGAUCUUUUCAACCUUACUACAGUCAUUACAGUCAAACAUAUCCACGUUGAACACGCAUGUUGUUUCUUCUUGUAGUUAAACAUCCAAUAUGCAUUUUCCGUUUGACU